AUGUCCGCCGUCGCCCUCGGCUACCCGCUGCCCACGCUGCUCAACUGGUCCGGCGAGUUCAACCGCCCAGAGUGGCACUUUGCAGGCAGCCACAUCGCAAAGCUCGAGAGCUUGCUCGCCGUCAUCGAAGAGAUGCUUAGCCGUGACGACGUUGACGGCGGUGCGGACGACGACGACCUCGCUGUCCUGGUGGACGCGUACGAUAUCUGGUUCCAGCUUCCCCCGUCGGUGCUCAUACAGCGAUAUCACCAGCUCAACAACGAAGCAAAUCAACGCCUCCGCAAGCAAUGGCAAGCUUCAGCCCACCAAGCCUCAACAUCAUCAUCAUCAUCUUCUUCUUCUUCUUCCUCCUCCAACAACUUCCCCAUACCGCCCCCCAAGCAAUCCAUCAUCGUCACCACCGCAAAAGACUGCCAACCAGACAGCGAAUCCGGCUCCAACCCUCACUACACGCACUGGCCCUCCUCCCCCAUGCCACCCGACCUCUACGGCCCCGAAACCGACACCAUCCUCCCUUUACUCUUCGACCCGGCCCGGAAAUACAAAAAGAUUCGCCCGAGAUGCAUCAACAGCGGCAUGAUCAUGGGAACAAUGUCCUCCCUCCGACAAGUCCUCCGGCGGUGCAAGCGAAAAAUCGCCUCCGUGGCCCUCAGCGGCAGACAGCUAUGGAGCGACCAGGCUCUUCUUGGGGAAGUCCUCGGCGAUCAGGAGAUUUGGCGCGAAUGGGUCACGCAGCAACUCUCCUCUUCCUGGAACGGCAGCGCCUCAAGGUACGAUUUGACACUCUUGAGUCCGGAAGUACGUGAUAUCGCGACAAAGGCCCUGCUGGGGGAACAAUUCGAGUUCGGCAUCGGCCUGGACUACAGCUUCGCCACCAUCCCGGCAACCUGCUCCGCCGAAGAAGACGGCUACUUUGUCAAGCUCAACGACGCAAACGCCGUCCGCGCCGAGUCCCUCAAAGCAGGCGUCCCCGACGGUCCACGCAUACACACCAUUCCAAAGGAACUCGUGAAAGCCAAAGAUGACAGAGGAGGUCCUCUUUCGCAGACCUCAUGGGGCAAUGUCCCGCUCUACACAGACUUUUACUUUGGCGUCGUCCCCGUGGGCAUCCACCACAACGCCUACAUCGACGGCCUCAAGCCAUGGCGUCUCAGCAACUGGUGGAAGCUCAUGUGGUUCUAUCCCCGCCUGCGGGAUCUCGUCGCCGCACAGCUCCAGCCUCCUUCUGGAGAUGGCAGUGUCGCAGACCUGAAGCCGCUCUUGAACAUGUCGUCUCAUGGGAACGGCGGAGAGCAGGAUCUGGUCUAUUGGCCGCCACAGACGCAGCGCAGUAAGAAGCAGGUAACCGUCUUUGAACCGGCGCAAGGCGAACGGCCGGCCAGGCUGGUGCCGAUAGCUUGGGAUGGGGUUUGUCAAAAGGGAAGCACGCCUUGGUAUGAAGCAUUGUUUGGGGAUGGCAAGGGGCCGUUGGAGGUGUGA